UAUCUUUUUUUUUUUCUUUUGUUUGUGCGAUCACUAUCUCGAAUUUUUUCGUUUGAGUUCUUUGUAAUUUUGAUGAUUUGUGAGAAGCAAAAUUGGAUUUAGUCUUUUGGCGUGUUCUUCAACUUUCUUUGUUCUUUGUUAUUUAAUUUACUGACGAUAUUUUAGUGAUUUAUGAGAAUUAAUAGUUAAUGUUUUGUUAAAAAGGUAACGUAUAUGAGAGGGUUUUGAGGUUUCAUACGUUAAAAAAAAAUUCUGACAAAAAUCAGAAGAACAAGUCUUAAUCCAAAAUUUUCAAAACUUCAAGGACCGUAGAUUCUACUUUUGAAGUAAAAAGUAUUUUGUCUCUUUCUUCUUCAUUCUUCUUGUAUUUUUGUUGUUUGGAGUUUCAAGAUUUGUCUUAGCUAUCAUCAUUAGUCGAUUUUUUUCUUAUUUUGAUUUCGAUAUGAUUCUAAAUUUCUCUCUUCAGUUUCCUAUAUUUGCCUGUUCUGCCAUCUGUUGGGAAUUUAAUAUAUUUCUUUCUGAAAUUAAUUCUUGUGUUUUUGGUUGAUGAGCUAAUUAUUAAAAGUAAUCAGUCAUGAUCAUUUGCAAUUUAUGCAAGAAUCUCUUUGAAAAAAAUUUGGAAUCUUUCUCCCCAAAAAAAUAUUUUUUGGAGUUUCAUAUAUCUUUCAGGCUGAUUCAUCUUAUUUAUAUAUAAUAUAUAUCUGCUAAGAUGGAUCAGAUGUCACCUGAUAACAUAACUGGAGUCAUUCUAGCAGUGUCUUCAAGUAUUUUCAUUGGUUCUAGCUUCAUCGUCAAGAAAAAAGGUCUCAAGAAGGCCGGCGCAAGCGGAGCCCGAGCAGGUGAAGGAGGGUAUGGAUAUUUAAAAGAACCAUGGUGGUGGGCUGGAAUGAUAACAAUGAUUGUUGGGGAAGUAGCUAAUUUUGCAGCCUAUGCAUUUGCACCGGCUAUUCUGGUAACACCUUUGGGAGCUUUAAGUAUUAUAUUCAGCGCAGUGCUAGCGCAUUUUAUUUUGCAAGAGAAAUUGCAUAUGUUUGGGAUACUUGGUUGCGUUCUCUGUGUUGUUGGGUCUACAACUAUAGUCUUACACGCUCCACAUGAGCAGAAGAUUGAAUCAGUCAAGCAAAUAUGGCAGCUUGCUAUUGAACCAGGCUUCCUUGUGUAUUCUGCUGUGAUUGUGAUUGUGGUUGCUAUACUGAUCUUCUACUAUGAACCGCGCUACGGAAAGACUCAUAUGAUAGUAUAUGUUGGAAUCUGUUCCUUAAUGGGUUCUCUUACUGUUAUGAGUGUUAAAGCGGUGGCGAUUGCGAUAAAGCUGACAUUUUCAGGGACGAAUCAGUUCAAAUACUUCAACACUUGGAUUUUCAUUUUAGUGGUUGCGUUUUGUUGCCUUUUACAAAUCAACUACUUGAACAAGGCACUGGAUACAUUCAACACCGCGGUUAUUUCACCGGUUUACUACGUUAUGUUCACAACUUUCACCAUCAUAGCUAGUAUGAUCAUGUUCAAGGAUUGGGCAUCUCAGAGUGGAUUAAAGAUUGCAACAGAGUUGUGUGGUUUUGUAACGAUUUUGUCAGGAACAUUUCUGCUUCACAAGACGAAAGACAUGGGAAACAGUGGAAGUGGCCGUGGAUCUGUCUCUAUGCCUAGAGACACUCCUGUCUUCACCAACUCAGGAUCCGCUCGGAGCUCCACCUCAGAUAAACUACCCUCCUGACUCUAACGUUCCAAGAUUCCCCCAUUGUACGUAUACGUGAUCGAAAGACUUAAAAGCAUAAGGAUCAAUGUAUUUUUGAAUACUUUGUUAGGAAAUAUAUUCUUUUUUUUUCUUUUUGGUUUCCCACAUGACAAUGUAAUUUACAACUAAAGAGAAUUAAAAAAAACAAGAUUUUUCUUUAA